UGAUUUGGAGGUCUGACCUAGGGGGAGGUUCUGGAUAGGCAUUAUGUCCCUUGGGUUUGGGGACAUCUUUCACUCUGAGAGAGAUGAACUCAGCAGUGUAAAAAUAGGGAUGAGGUUACUAAUGGCAGAAGCGCUGAUGCAGCAGCCUGGCAGAGACUUAUGUUGCAAUCUGAGCAUGAAAGAAGAGCAGCGUGUGGAUCCUAUUAUACUACAACGUACUCUACUGAGCGAUCUGAGCACUUUAAGCCAUGCAAAGACAAGGAUCUUGCAUAUUGUCUCAAUGAAGGGGAAUGCUUUGUGAUCGAAACCUUAACAGGAUCGCAUAAACACUGCCGGUGCAAAGAGGGCUACCAAGGAGUCCGCUGUGACCAAUUUUUGCCGAAAACCGACUCAAUCUUGUCAGAUCCAACAGACCAUUUAGGAAUCGAAUUCAUGGAGAGCGAAGAAGUGUACCAGCGCCAGGUGCUGUCUAUUUCCUGUAUCGUCUUUGGCAUAGUCGUAGUGGGCAUGCUUUGUGCAGCGUUCUACUUCAAAACAAAGAAACAAACAAAGCAAAUUCAUGAACAGCUGAAAGAAACACAGAAUAGGAAAACCUACAGCCUAAAUGCUUCCAGCAUGAUGGCAAAGUCAGAGUGUAUGGCACAAAGCCGAGUCCAGCUGCAAAAUUACUCAAAACCAGAUAGGCAUCCUGGGCCUGUUCUGGACAAGGUUAUGGAGUCUAGCUUUUCAGGCCCUCAGUCUUUCCCAGAGGCCUUGUCUCCUGACAGAGGAACCCAACCCAUCAAGCAACAUAGAAGUCUCUCUUCAUGCUGCAGCCCAGGACAAAAAAGUGGGAUGCUACAUAGAAAUGCCUUUCGGAGGACUCCUCCCUUACCUCGGGGUAGGUUCAAUGGAAUUACAGGACCAGCAUAUCAACAGCUAGAAGAGUCAAGGAUCACAGACCAGGACACAAUGCCUUGUCAUGGGUAUUCAUCCAGUGGUUUAAAAACUCCUCAGAAUACUUCAAUAAAUAUGCAACUGCCUUCAAGAGAAACAACCCCUUAUUUUAAUAACGUGGAUCAGAAGGACUUGGUCGGAUAUUCAUCUUCAAGGGCCAACUCAGUUCCCAUCAUCCCGUCUGUGGGCUUGGACGAAGCCUGCAUGCAAAUGCAAAAUGUUUCUGAAGUAACAGGCAUCAAAUGGUGCAAAAACUCCUAUUCAGCUGAACUUGUCAAUGUGAGUUCCCCAGUCAGUAAUUGUCUUAUAGCAGAACAACACGAAGUAAAAAUAUUGCUAGAAACUGUGCAGGAGCAGAUUCGGAUUCUGACUGACGCGAGGAGGUCAGAGGACUACGAACUGGCAAGUGUAGAAGCAGAGAGCAGCGUGAGUGAAAACACAGCGUUUCUGCCCAUGAGCCCCAUGGCCAAGUCAGAACGAGAGGCACAAUUUGUCUUAAAAAAUGAAACACAAAGAGACUCAGUAUUGACCAAGUGACUUUGUGUGGGGGUUGUGGGAGGGGAAACGAGAUCUGUGCAUUUGAUGCUUUGCUAAACAGGAAAGGAGGAAAUUAAAUACAAAUUAUUUAUAUGCAUUAAUUUAAGAGCAUCUACUUAGAAGAAACCAAAUAGUCAAUCGCCCUCAUAUCAUAGUGUUUUUUAACAAAAUAUUUUUUUAAGGGAAAGAAAAGUUCCAGGAGGGAUAAGGCGUACAUCAGGUGCUUUCUAGGCAGGAUUAUACAUACAGUUUCAGUUACAGAGCAUUUUAACACUGUCCUGUUUGGCUGUCAGAAGGCUUCGGCUAUGCAUCCUUUUUUCAGUAAAGGCCAAGACCUUUCUUAGGUUCAUUCCUGGUUUCAGGGCAGUGCUGCAGCGCAUGCUGGCAGGGGCGCAGGUCCCGUAACCCCAGCGCAGGCCUGGUCCCCUCUCCCCCUCUCCUCUUGGCUCCUGGUUCAUCCCGAGAGAGCAAACACACAAACAGCUACUUCUCGGCACCAACUGUGGAGUGACCACCAGUCCCUAACUGAGCUAAACUCUCUACCUUACUUGAGUAUGUCAGUUGGCUUAAGAAAGUCAGUGGAAACAUCUAGGAGCUUUGGGUCAGGCCAAGCGUGGAGUGGGAUUGGGGCCUCUGGAGAUGCAGUGGCCAGGAGCCCGUGGCUGCCCUGUGUUCUUCUGAGCUUUGCCUAUCAGAGCUGCCUUGGUGGAGGAAGAGGAAGAACAAGAGAAACAAAGUGCAGAAGUGUGUGCUGUGGCAGGUUGGGUUGGUUUCUCUUGUAAGAGUGGGAAUGUAAACUCCAUUGUUCUUACCAACCCCUCAACAUUUCUAAAUUAUUAUACUUCAGAGGCAUUUGUAAGCUCUCAAGGACCACUUCUGAGUGUGUGUGUAUUUUUUUUUACCUUAUUUUUUAUUAUGGGUUGUUCAGAGAUGCAUCAGGGAGGUCCAGUAUGAUCGAAGGCCAGCCGGUAAGUGUCCAUGCUGCCCUAAUUUGCUCCCGCUUUCAGUUCUUCAGUCACUUUAAUUAAUCGUGGCUUAGGCUUGUGAACUUUAAAGCUCCAGUCCUGCAGAUGGUACGGUAUGGGCAGACCCGUGAUCAUGCACACAGCUGAUUCUGAUGGGGCUAUACAUGAGCAGAUGGUUUCCACCAAAUCAAGCCCUGCCGGGGAUCAAGGCCUUAGAGAAGAAAUGUCGUUUCCUGGUUGCAGUAUCCCAAUUGCAUUAUAACCGUUUUUUGCAUUUGCUUUCGAGUCCCUCUUCUCCCCAGUAAACUGUAACAUAAUAUGCGAAUGACACCAUGAAUUGGGUUCAGUGUCCCACACAUUGCAGUUUUUAUUAGUAUUAAAAUAUCUGCUUAUUUGUGGAGAAAAAGAAGAUGAACUAUAAUAAAUAAUUACCAAAUAGCCUUCCCUGGUUAAUGUCAGAAGAUUGAUUUUAAAACAAUUACAGUAUAUACAGAAUGUAUUAAAAUAUUCCUUUGCAGCAAAUUGUUAAAUUUAUUAGAUGUGCCCCAGACUUUCCAGUUCACAAGUCUCAAGAUUUCCCAAAAUAGCACAAUUGAUCACACAGUGCUGUUGUAUGUUUAGUCAGAAUAAAGCAAUAUUUUAACCUCUGUCAAGUAAAUUUCAAAAAGAAAUGCUGAAGGUGUAUGUCAUUUAUUUUGUGCCUAGUUAAGGCAUUAAAAAAAAAAACUAUUCACAAGUCUUCAUUCAGCAAGUCUUAUUUUGGGUUUCUUUUGUUUUAUUUUGUUUUGGUUGUUGUUUGUUUGUUUUGUUUAUGUGUGUUUGUGCUUUUUUGAUUAUUUUUUUUUAAGAUAAAAGUUGAUGAAAUUGUCUUGUUUACAAAACUUUCUAUGGCUGUAAUCUUUGCUGUGUGUUUUCAAUAAAAGUGUAUUUGAGGGCAAACUAUGCUUUAUGCCCCAGGGUGGAGCAUGCUUCAUUCAGACUCCCUUCCUCAAAGCUACAGAGCUUUUCUUGUAGCAGUAAGACGAGACUUUAGGCUGGCAUCGGUUUCUCCAUGACAUAUUUCUGCACUAUGUGGUGGCUGGGCACAAUCUCACUGGGCAUGAGCUGAGCUGCCUGCAGUCAGCAUGGCACCAAGCCCACACCAAAUAAACCCUCUGAAAGACGAGGUGUGUUAGGUGGGUCUCAAUUUCACAUCAGUACAUUUGUGUGACUUUUCUGGUAGCUGUUUGCAUCUUGCCAGCUCAGAACAUGAGCGAAGUGAGCUUGCAUCUGCCCAAAAGCCCUGUACAGAUACCUGCAAUUUACAAAAUGGCUACUGUGUAAAGCUCUGAGUCAAUAAUCUGUGAAGCGUGCUCACAAUUAGAUAAUUGUUCACCAUUUACUUCUUCAAGAGAUGGCCUCUCUGCAGUAAAAUGCAGAAUCCUGCCCAAAUAGCUGUUUCAAUGCUAAAUCUUUUCAAUCCAACUGUAAGGCCUACCUGCUCCCAAAUCCUAGCAAACUGUGCAAUCUCACCUUUGGCAAUGUAUUGGAAACACACUGCAAGAUUUCUGUUGAAGAAAGAACUAUAUCAUAAGCAAUGCCUUUAUUGAGAGAAUGUGUUCACUCAGCACCCCCAAAAGACCCAGAAGGAGGGCAAGAGCAAUGUAUUUAAGACAAUAAAAUGUUUGAUUGAAUGACAGAUGAAGAUCUGAAAUGGUGAGGAUAUCUUCAGUUCAUGUUAGAGAUGCGAUCUUGUAUUCAGCAAAGGAUGUGUGACUGUUAUAUGUUAACUGUUCUAUUCAGUUUUCAGCAUGUUUGAAUAGAGAGACGUUAAUAUUAACCAUA